GUCCUCAUUUUUGGGGACUUGUUCGGGAGAAGCCAAAGGUAGAGGCCGCGCCCUGCUCUUCCCUCUCUUCGCCUUGAAGACUCCUCGUCACCGAACUUCUCGAAGCUUCUCCACCUCCGUCUCGUCUCCGUCUGAUGGAAGCCCUUCCGGCUUCCCGGAACCCUAACCCCGAUCGCCGAUCUCUCGAGAGCCUCCUGGUCUCCGGCGCCGUUGGCCGGUUCUACUCCUCCUCCGAUCGGUGAAACGAUCCAGCUUUCUUGCUUUCCUUCUUGUCAGUAUCCUCCGUGGUUUCUUCUCAGCUAAAAUAUCUUCAUGAGCUUCUGGAAAUCGGCAGGGCUGCGGAGAACCGAAGUAUGUGCGGUGGUCCGGAGCGCCUGAAAACCUCGCCGUUUCCAUCUCCGUUUCAGUCUCCGUUUACCUCCCAAGACAAUAUUAAUAACUCCUCCUCCUUACCAUCGUUCGAUAUGAAGCAUCUAACGAUCGAGACCGGGGACAACUUCUCGAGCCUCCUCGAGCUAGCCGCCAACAACGAUGCGGACGGCUUCAAGAGAUCCGUCGACGAGGAGCCCUCCGCCGUCGACGAGAUCGGCCUCUGGUAUGGCCGCAAGAAGGGCUCCAACCGGAUGGUGCUCGAGCCCCGGACGCCCCUCAUGGUCGCCGCCACCUACGGCAGCAUCGAAGUGCUUAGAUUAAUCCUCAGCCUCUCUUCCGUUGAUGUCAACCGCUGCUGCGGACCCGACAAGACCACUGCUCUCCACUGCGCCGCCUCCAGCGGCUUGGCGAACGCCGUCGACGCUGUGAAGUUGUUGCUCUCUGCUGGCGCCGAUGCUAACUUGGUCGAUGCCAAUGGCCACCGCCCCGCCGAUGUGAUCUCGGUCCCUCCCAAGCUAUGUGAAUUCAAGCUCGCCCUCGAAGAGCUCCUGGGUGGCUCCGGUGGUGACCCCCGGUGUAUCCUCCGUGUGUCGACCAGCCCAUCGAGCUCCAAUUCGCCGCCGUUAUCCCUGUCUCCCGUCGAAGGUGGAUCGCCUUCGUCCGAUGAUUCAUCCGCCUCCCCGACAGCCGGAAAGUUUCACGACCAUCCCCCAGUUUCGCCGGCGGCGGCGGCGUCGGAGAAGAAAGAGUACCCGGUGGACCCCUCCCUCCCGGACAUCAAGAACAGCAUCUACGCCACCGAUGAGUUCCGGAUGUUCUCUUUCAAGAUCCGACCUUGCUCCCGGGCUUACUCCCAUGAUUGGACGGAGUGCCCCUUCGUUCACCCCGGGGAGAAUGCUCGCCGGAGGGAUCCGAGGAAGUAUCAUUAUAGCUGUGUUCCUUGCCCGGACUUCCGGAAAGGCGCAUGCAGGAGGGGGGACAUGUGCGAAUAUGCCCACGGCGUGUUCGAGUGCUGGCUCCACCCGGCGCAGUAUCGCACGAGGCUGUGCAAGGAUGGUCCCAGCUGCACUCGCCGGGUCUGCUUCUUUGCUCACACGAACGAGGAGCUCCGUCCUCUAUAUGUUUCGACCGGCUCUACCGUGCCGUCUCCUCGGUCCUCUGCAUCGGCGGCGAUGGAAAUGGCGGCGGCGAUGAGCCUCUUACAGGGGUCCCCGUCUUCGGUUUCGGUGAUGUCGCCGACCCCAUUUACGCCUACUAUGUCCCCGUCGAGCAACGGCGGAGGACACUCUUCUCUGGCCUGGCCGCAGCCAAACGUCCCUGUGCUGCAUCUUCCAGGGAGCAAUCUCCAGUCUAGCAGGCUUCGUACUUCUCUCAGUGCGAGAGACAUGGCUGUAGAUGAAUUGUUGAUGCUAUCGGAGCUUGAACCACAGCAGCAGCAGCAACUCAACGAUUUCUACUUUCCAUCCAGCCCAGCUCGCCUCGGCUCGCCUUUAGCUGGGAACCGGCCUGGUCGUCCUAAAACCCUGGUACCAUCCAACCUCGACGACCUCUUCUCUGCGGAGAUCUCCUCAUCCCCGAGGUACAAUUCUGACCAGGGAGCUGUGUUCUCGCCGACCCACAAGUCAGCUGUUUUCAAUCAGUUCCAGCAGCAGCAGCAGCAGCAGAGCCUGCUGUCACCCAUCAAGACGAACGGCGUCUUCUCCCCGAAGGCCGUGGAUCCCCAGCAGGCUCUGCUGCAGGCCUCGUUGGGCGUUGCCUCAUCCCCAGGCCGGAUGUCUCCCCGCGGCAUGGAGCCGGUCUCCCCUAUGAGCUCCCGCCUCGCAGCUCUCGCCCAGCGGGAGAAGCUCCAGCAGCAGCUGCGCAGCCUCGGCUCCAGCAACUCUGUUCCUUCCAUGGUGGGUUCGCCGGCGAAUUCUUCUUGGUCCAAGUGGGGAUCCCCAUCCGGGAAGGUAGACUGGGGUGUGAACGGCGACGAGCUUGGCCGAUACAGGAGCUCGUCUUCCUUCGAGCUCGGUGGUUCCACCAGUGGUGAGGAGCCUGAUGUCUCCUGGGUCCACUCACUGGUGAACCCACCGGAGUUGAAGGACAAGCACGAGGCCAAUACUUCGGCAAGCAAUGGUGGCGGCGCGGCUGAUGCUUCCAAUUCAAGCACUCAAAUGGAUGGAUCGGAUCACGCAGUUCUUGGGGCCUGGCUGGAGCAGAUGCAGCUCGAUCAGCUCGUCGCCUAGCAAGGCGGGGGAUGACGGUGGUUGGUUAAAAAUUCAGUCAAACAAAAAAAGAUUCAAUUUUGGAAGAAAUUUGUUAUUGCUUCAAGAGUUUCGGACAGGUGAACUCGGAGAGAAAUUUGAACUCCGGGUUUGUUUGAAGCCACACCCUGGUAAACAUCUCCCUUACUGAUUUCCAUUUUUUUGGGGUCUUUCUUCCUCUUCUCAGAAACUCCAGUUUACCCUGGAUUGUAACUCUUUUAGUUUCCGUCCCGUUUAACCAAUCUAUUUGUUAAUUAUAUAUCAUAUAUUUGAAGAACUAUCUUAGUUAACUGGUGCCAAGUAACUGAAGAAGAAGCACAGGAGAGAGCUUUCCCUUUGACCCGGUCCACUUUUGGGAAGGACAUGGUGGGAGUGGGAGAAAAAAAAAAGGGGAAUAUAUUGAGUCGGGCUGACGUGGCCCACUUUGGAGUUUGGAGGGAUGAAUUAUUUGGAUUUCUAUUGUAUAUUGGGCAGGUGGAAAGUUUGGUACUUACGUUUUAUCUAUCAUGUAUACAUUGAUUCAAAACUCAAUCGCUGUUAUUUCAUCUAUUAUAUAAAUAUAUAUUUUUUUAUGUCAUCUCUCACCGUCCGUGAUCCGUGAUCCGUGAUCCGUGAUCGAUGCUCCUCCUCCUUUCUUGAUAUGCCUUUGUAUCGGCCGCCUCAUUUUCCCCGUCUUUUGGGCUAUGACGUGCUUGCCUUUGAUUCGUGCAAUUUAAUCAGGCAUGGGAAUCCGUGGGAGGGAGAUGGAUCGCAGUACGAGAGGAGGGUCGGUUCUUUAGAUUUGGACCCAAGUGGGGGGGAGGGAUGAGGCAUAUUAGAUUCUUGUCUACUUUUUUCGAGGCUCUCAUGUGGGGGAUUCUUUCUAGGUUAUUGGAGAUCGCAGGUGUUGUAGGACCGGAGGGCUGAAGCCCACCAACUACUUGCACUUUGGCUCCCAGUGGAAAAUUAUAUGGAAUCGCCUCUACCUUGUAUGGGGAACUGGGCUAGGUUUUGGUAGGACUGGUUGUGUUGUUUAGCUAAAUGCCCUUGUUUGAAGGCUUGCAGCUGCAAGCAAUAAAAUACUUUAAUGAAUUUAUUGUUAAUUA